AUGAGUGAAACCGAAGCAACUAAUCAAACUAUAGAACCAUAUAUAGCCGAAGAUGUUGACACAAAUGAUUUUAUGGAAGCAACAUAUGAAUCUGAAGAACUUAACGAUUUUGAUGUGAACAUUGAAUUUGACAAAGACGAAUAUAAUGUUGAAAAGAUACUGGGAAAGGUUUUCGAUACGCCUGACGAAGCAUAUACGUUUUAUAACGAUUAUUCAUUUUUACAUGGUUUUGGUAUACGUAAAGAUAACACGGUUAAAAGCACAAAAACAAAUGAGCCUUAUCGAAAAUAUUAUGUAUGCUACAAAGAAGGUUUCAAACGGGUAGAAAAAAAUGAUUCAAUUGGAAAUGAGAAAAAACGUCGGAGAGAUGUUAGAACCGGAUGUCAAGCAAAACUUCGAAUUAUAAGGCAGGAAGAUGGAAAAUGGUUGGUGGACUUAUUUAAUGACACACAUAAUCAUGAAUUAACCAUGACACCAACGAAUGUGAUCAAGCAUCGAUCUCAUAGCAAUUUCCAUCGUUCAAUAGAAGGUAAAUCUCUUAUGGUGCAAUUUGGUCAAGCAGGGUUGAAACCUUCUCAGAUUAAAAAAGCUGUUAAUACAAUGAAAUCCUCAAAUGUAGCUGAUGUUACUUCAAAACAAUUUGAUAGUGACCAGUAUUUUGUAGUGGAUUUGUCUGAUGAUGGAUAUCCUAGGAAUAUCUUUUGGGCUGAUGGUAGAUCAAGAGAUGCAUAUACAAAAUUCAGAGAUGUUGUAGUGUUUGAUGUUACUUAUAUGACUAACAAAUUCAAGAUGCAUUUUUCUCCUUUUACUGGGGUGAAUCAUCAUGGUCAGUCUAUACUUUUUGGUGGGGCAUUGCUUGAAAACGAAAAAGAAGAGACAUUUGAAUGGUUAUUUGAACAUUUCCUCAAAUGUAUGUUUGGAAAGUAUCCGAAGCACGAAACUGAACACCUUCGAUCGUAUAUUUCCCGUUAUGGUGAUUUUCAAGAAACAUACAGACAAUGGGUAAAUAGUGACACCAUUGAACAAUUUGAAGCAACAUGGGAAGAUAUGUGUAGUAAGUAUGAACUAGAAAGCAAUUGUUGGAUUAGUGACAUGUAUAACCAACGUAUACAUUGGGCUAAAGCCUUCUUGAAGGAUAUUUUCUUUGCUGUCGAGUCACGAAGAGCCGCCGAAGAAGAUGAAGACUUCAAGACUAUGAACUCGCGACCGGUUCUUUCUUCAGUGCAUCCAAUCGAAGCAAAAGCAGAUGAUCAAGCAAAUCGAAAAAAAUCUAUGUCUUUGGAGAAUGCAUCUCAAAGUUCUUGUAUGGGAGUUUCACAAGUAGAUAUGAUUCCACAGUUAUCUGUUCGUGAUCCUCUUGGUCCAACUACUACAAAAGGGCGUCCUAAAAUUUCUAAUAGAAUCAAGUCUUCUUCAGAAGCCCCCAAAAAACGAACAUGCUCUUACUAUCAAGGAUUGGGUCAUUACGCUACUAGUUGUUCAAAAAAAAGGUGGAUGAAUCGUUGCAAGAGAAAAAAUGAUGAGACGUGUUGUUUAUGUGAGCAAAAGAAUAAUCUAGAUGGUUGUUGA